CAAAACCUCGAAAUCGCAUUUUCGCGGACUCGAAUAUCUUUAAGAAUUUUUUUUACAUAUUUCGCAUUUUCCAGCAUUUUUUAAUAUUAAAAUAACAUUUACGCAACAUAUAAAGUGUAUGUGCAGUGAAGUUAUUCGUUCAACUCGGAAGAUAUACAGUUUUUACACCGAAUAAUUUAAGCCGCCCAAAUAUGGAUGAACAGCUGUACAAUAAUUUUAAUCCCAUCCGGUGCAAUGUUUGUUUUACCCGGGCCACCGAUCACAGACUGAUGCUGGUGGACCAGAAGUUGCGAUUCUGCAAGGGUUGUCGGCUGAUUGGAUACUGUGGGGAACAGCACCAGAAGGAGGACUGGAAGCAUCACAAAGAUUUCUGUCGAACGGUUACAAAAAUCCUUUCGGUGAAGAAAGUUGAACACAUUCUGGAUGCUCGAACCGAUUCCGGAAGAAUCAUUGGGGGCUCUCGGCGGGAUCUCGAGUGUGCUAUAUCGCUGGCAGAAUGUUUGGUGGUGUCGAUGCUGCAGCGGAGACUACAUCAGCACGAAUUUUCCUUGCUCCGGUAUCCGAACAUAUGCCGGGUUUGUUUCGAAUACGAUCCCCGGCAGCUGGAACCCUGUGAGACUUGUUUCCAGGUGCUGUACUGUAGCGAAGAGCAUCGGAUGCAGGAUGCCGAACGCCACGCCAAGUGGUGUGAAAUGUAUCGUGUCAAUCUGUUGCUGGAUGCAGACUACCCAACGCGCCUGGAAAAAUUUGAUUUCCCUAAGCUGACACCCUCGGAGCUGAACACUUUCCCAAAAAAUUCCUUCGAAUUAGUCAACCUCGCCUACAAGAACACCAUUCCAAUGCGUCCGCAAUCGGUGCAGGAUUUCAACAAUCUUAAAUUCGUGUCCAACUAUUCAUACAUCGGUACCAUUCUCUACGCGCUGAAUCUCACCAACAUGCAUCAGGAGGUGCAAAAAUCGCUGGUACUUUACGUGGUCGGUGCCGAUGGAGAAAUCGUUUUCUUCGACCAUAACACGUGCUCGAUUGUGUUCACCUUCCUGCCCCAGGUUCGUGAUGUUGUCAUUCACUUUAUCGGCCCAGCUCUGAGUUCUAUCAAGGACGAGAUCGAGCUAAACUACGAAGGAGGCCGAUCUGUCAAAAUGUACUACCAUAAAGGCCUAUUUCAUACCGUUGAACCUUCGACGCCAAUGGACCGACCACAGCUGAUCAUCUGCUACAAUUGUGGCUUCCACGAGCACGUUGAUUCGCAUCGGGACACAUGGAACGCCACACUGAACCGGAUGCUACGAUUCGUCAACAUUCCGAUUGUGUUCACUUCGUAUACUCGAGCGGAAGCCUCGCAUGAUAGCGCCAUUCUCUAUCGUGCCAGCAAACAUUCGUCGAUGAAGCGGAAAGAUUUGGUGUUCGUAAAACGUGCUGCAGACAAUCAGUUCAAAGACUACAAACCCCUACGGAAUACGAACUAUUUGGACGAGUAUGAUGAACUGUACUACCCCAACGGAUAUGUUAGUGUUGUCGUCAGUCGAGUACCGUAAGGAGACGCAGUUUACAACAGAAGCAGGUUACAUUCCUUACACCGAUCAUGCCAUAAUUUCCUCCGACGAAUCAUUAACAAGUAAGUUUUUUUACAUUUUCGAUUUUCUUAUCCUUUGUUUUAUAAUAGCAGAAUUAUCGAAUUUAUGUGUUCCAAAGUACAACCACCCAUGAAUUUAUUUUUGUAAGUUUUAUCAAAUCGUUUGGGGCAGACCUAAUGGCAAUAUAGCAUUUAAA